GAGGGCAGAUAUUGAGUGGGAAUACAUAGCCCCCCCCCGCCGCCUUUUUUUGUACAUAGUAGCCUACAGAAGGCACACACGAGAUUGCAAUUAAAAUAAUUUCCAAACUCACUGGGCUCACCUGAUUACUGCAUUCCUGUGGUCUCCAUUUCAGGUUAUUUCUACAAAGAGACAUUUCUAGAGACUACUGCUUAGUAGGGCCUGUUUUAAAAAGGUCUUUGUUCAGGUAAAAUAUAGGGUUCACUUGGUAAAUGGACAAUAGUGAAGUAGUGACAGAAACAAUGCAUGUUUUGUGGCAUCAUUUUAAAGGCUGCUCCAGUCUGGAGCAUUUUCCUGAAGUAACAGAUUACCUGUAAUCAAUGCAUAAUAGAGAUAAAGCCUAAUUCUUUCUGGGAGUUGGAAUGUGGAGAACAUUUCUUUUCAUCUUGAAUUGAUAUAAUGAAUAGACCCUUGUAAACAUAUCCUGUAGCCUAAUUGUUGCUCUGCAAGUUAAGCACUGUUAAACACAUAGAAGUAGUCUUUGCAACUCAAUCUGAUACAUCUGGUCAGAAUAAUUAGCUAGGGAAAGGCCUAUGAAAGGUGAAAAAUCUGGAUAUAAAGCAGCAGUAGAUAAAAGCCCACAGCACCCUUGCUGACAAACAGUGGAGACAGCUGGGGACCAAAGUCAACAAUGAAGCUCUUUGUGUCUAUUAUACUUCUGCCAUUUGCAAGUAUGGUUGUAACAACCCCUGUCAGAGCCCAAAGACAAAAUGUAUUAAGUCUCCUAAAUGAUGCACUUGCACCAACGACCGAAAAGACCAUACCUGCAAUCAUAACAGAUGCAUUAAAAGACAGCCAUGAGAUCGUGAUUCCUAACGCUGUGGAGAAAGAUAAGGCACCAUCAAGGAGGAACACAGGAGUAGACCAAGACAAUAUGAGGCCGAUGGAUAUGAGCAGCAGGCUGGUUUGGGACCAGGGGAGCAGAGAGCACAGUGGGCCACACAGGCCACACCAAGCAAGCAGAGAGCGGACUGAUCUUAACAGUGAGGAAGGAAUGAUGGUGUAUGCUCAGGAGGCUGAAAAUUUGCCAGGAAAGCAAGUUAUCCAUUUAAAUGAAGACCAAGUGACUGACAGUGACAGUCUAGAAACUAUUGUCCAAAGAAAGGCAACACCAGGAAGAGCUAAUGGAUUAAAUGGUAUGUUGGCCCCAGGCCCAAGCAAAAAACUGCUGGAUUGGGAUAGUUUGGAAGAAAACAGACCUGCUCCAGUGGGCAACAGAGGAGAUACAGACUAUGAUGAAACCAGAGAAUUUAUCAGCUCAGAAACUUCUCCAAUUGCACCUCCAGAGCACAUGCCCCGUAGCUUGUCAGUUCCAGCCAAGAGCUGAGCCUCCUGACGAUCAUACGAAGGUCUGUUUCCUCAGCAUUUGAAUCAGACAAAAGUUUUGUCAAAUGCUUAUGUCUCUGUUCACCCAGCCUGGCUUUGGAAACAACUCCACGACAUGCUGUUAAAUACAUGUUUACCACAUAAUGCACAUUUAAAUGCGUUACAUUUCAUUUUUAUCUAAUUAGAAGAUGAAAUGGUUUCCUAGAUCUUGCUUUGUUGUUCAUCUGGCAUGAAUGUAAUGUUGAAAACCAGUUGUUUUUUCCUCUCUUUCUUUAAGAUUCUAUUACUUCCUCAUAAUGAGUCAGGGUCCGCUAUCUGUUGAGUCAUAGGAGGCAGACAUGCUGCAUCCAAAUACAGUUGCUUCUGGGACUUUUUCAUCCAAUUUUAGAUUUUUACAUGUAUUGUUUUGGUAUGUGAUCAUGUGAACAAAUUUAAGAAAUAAAGAGGUUUUGUGUUAGGCUUA